CGCACGACCUCCCCCGCCAGCGAAUCCCUCCUCCAACCCAGCACAAAAUGCCUCCCAGAAGAGCUGCCGGCCGCGCGCCCGCUACAAUUUCCCAUGCUCCCGGCGCACCAGCAAACGAAACCGCCUGGCAACGAUUCCUGCGCACGGAGAUCUAUGCACUGGAGAAACGGGCUGGGAACUGGACGUAUGUGACCAGUGUUGGGUUGUUCGUGGGGAGCAUCGUCGCUGUGAGGCUUUGGGGUACUGGUCUUGUACCUGUAUGAGCAUGCUUUGGUUGAAGUUGCACGCAUGCUAUACUGGAGCGCUGGCAGUUCGUUCGCUUGACGACUAUUUGCCAUCCACCCUACCGAAGCCGAUCACCGUAGAGGAUUGUGGGGUUUGCUGAUGUAUCUCUUUACAUUUCACUGCAUGUACACGAUGACUCCUGACCCAACGGCUAAUUCAUUUCUCACUCCUC